AUGGAGAAAGCAGCAGAAGAAAACACAUGCCACGUCAUCCUCAUCCCGUACCCGAGCCAGGGCCACAUCAACCCCCUCCUCCAGUUUGCCAAGCGCCUCGCCUCCAAAGCCGUCCGCACCACCAUUGCCACCACCCACUACACCGCCCCCUCCAUCCACGCCCCAGGCAUCACAGUCUACCCCAUCUCGGACGGCUUCGAUCGGGCUGGGUUCUCGGAGGCCCGCGACUGCCGGGCCUACCUCGACUCCUUCCGGGCCCACGGGUCAAGGACCCUCUCGAACCUCAUCCAGGGGUCGGCCCACCACCACCCGGUCACGUGCGUGGUGUACGACGCCUUCCUCCCGUGGGCCCUCGACGUGGCCCGGGCCCACGGCGUGCGCGGGGCGGCCUUUUUCACCAACUCGGCGGCCGUUUGCGCGGUGUUCGGGCACGUGCACGCGGGCGUGGUGAGGCUGCCGGUGGAUGUGGGGCCGCUCGUGCUGCCGGGGCUGCCGCCGUUGGGGAUGGAGGAUCUGCCGGGGUUCGUUAGGGAGCCGGACAGCUACCCGGCUUAUCUGGCGAUGAAGCUCAGCCAGUUUUCCAACUUGGACGGGGCAGAUUUCGUGUUGUGUAACAGUUUUGAGGAGUUGGAAGGCCAGGUAAACGUGUCUUUGUUUGUGUUUGUGGGUGUAUUUUCGUGA